CCCCCGCCGGGCGCGCAGCGGCACCAUGGGCACGGUGCUGUCCCUGUCCCCCAGCUACCGCAAGGCCACGCUGUUUGAGGAUGGCGCGGCCACCGUGGGCCACUACACGGCGGUGCAGAACAGCAAGAACGCCAAGGACAAGAACCUGAAGCGGCACUCCAUCAUCUCCGUGCUGCCCUGGAAGAGGAUCGUGGCCGUGUCGGCCAAGAAGAAGAACUCCAAGAAGGUGCAGCCCAACAGCAGCUACCAGAACAAUAUCACGCACCUCAACAAUGAGAACCUGAAGAAGUCGCUGUCGUGCGCCAACCUGUCCACGUUCGCCCAGCCCCCGCCGGCCCAGCCGCCCGCGCCCCCGGCCAGCCAGCUCUCGGGCUCCCAGACCGGGGGCUCCUCGUCCGUCAAGAAGGCCCCGCACCCCGUGGUCAGCUCGGCGGGGACGCCCAAGCGGGUCAUCGUCCAGGCGUCCACCAGCGAGCUGCUGCGCUGCCUGGGCGAGUUCCUCUGUCGCCGGUGCUACCGCCUGAAGCACCUGUCCCCCACGGACCCCGUGAUCUGGCUGCGCAGCGUGGACCGCUCGCUGCUGCUGCAGGGCUGGCAGGACCAGGGCUUCAUCACGCCGGCCAACGUGGUCUUCCUCUACAUGCUCUGCAGGGAUGUGAUCUCCUCCGAGGUGGGCUCGGACCGCGAGCUCCAGGCCGUCCUGCUGACCUGCCUGUACCUCUCCUACUCCUACAUGGGCAACGAGAUCUCCUACCCGCUCAAGCCUUUCCUGGUGGAGAGCUGCAAGGAGGCCUUUUGGGACCGCUGCCUCUCCGUCAUCAACCUCAUGAGCGCCAAGAUGCUGCAGAUCAACGCCGACCCGCACUACUUCACACAGGUGUUCUCCGACCUGAAGAACGAGAGCGGCCAGGAGGACAAGAAGCGCCUCCUCCUCGGGCUCGAUCGGUGAGCUCCGGAGCCCGCAACACGGCUCAAGGAUUCCAUUCACUUUUAAAAAUUUAUAACUGAAACAAAUCAAAUUUUGUGUACAGUAUGUGUCUAGCGAAGCCACCGAGGGCCUCUCCCUGCCUAUGUUUUCUCCUUGGGGUUUUGUUUUGGUUUUUGGUUUUGUUUUGUUCCCAUCCCCCUCCCCCAGACCUGUCAAGGAAGUCUGGGGACUUUUGAACUCAUGAACCUUGUGCAAACCCAGAGGAUGCGUUUAGAGCCACCCUGGCCGCAGACCUCUCGCUCUGGGGAACUCGGGGACUGAGCCGCCCCUGCCCACCU